CACUCGGAGAGCCUUAGAAUAACGCUGGAGUGAUAAUAAACGGGAUGUUUAUAAUGUACGGAAUAAAUGAAGAGCCACUGUACAGUUCUUAAACUCCACCUACGGGAUGUCGGACUCCUCGCUGUGGGUGGUGGAUGUCUACGGCCGGGUGUUCAGUCUGUCUGCCUCUAGGGGGCGCUGGAGCAGAUCUGCUGACCCACUGCUGGAGCUAAAGCGGCUCUCGGGCUCCAGGCUCUCCUGCUGGGGCAUCGGCUGCGACCAUCAGCUCUACCUCAACGUCUGCCCCAGUCCUGUGCCUAUUCGACACCAGGAGGAGACCUACGAGAACCAGAGGUGGAACCCGGUGGACGGGUAUACAGACGCUCUGCUGCCGACGGACCGCUGGCAGUGGACGGAUGAGUCUGGCUCCAACCCUCAGCCUCUGCACAGUUUCCAGCUGCCGUCUGCUAACUGGGAGUGGGAGGGAGACUGGUAUGUGGAUGAUGAAAGCUGUGGGAGAGAAUCCACCGAGACCGGGGGCUGGGAGUACGCUGUGGACUUUCCUGCAACCUUCACUAAGGAAAAGAAGUGGAAUUCAUGUGUCCGUCGCCGGCGAUGGCUUCGCUAUAGGAGAUACAAAGCUCUGGGAUCAUGGGCUAAGGUGUGUGUGGACCGAGGCCGAGCGCCUCCAGAGCCCUUCAUUGACAUUAGCUGCGGCGGCUGGAGUAUUAGUGACGACCCAGAGAAACACAUUCAUCUGUGGGCCGUUUCUCAGCAAGGACAGUUAUGGCUAAGGUCAGGUGUCAGACAGCAGAAUCCAGAGGGCGAGAGCUGGGACUCUGUUCAGGUCCCGCGGGAGGUGUGUCAGGUCUCCUCGGGGCCCGGAGACCUGCUGUGGGUCGUUCUGUGGGAUGGACAAAUGCUGAGCAGACGCGGCAUCAAUAAACACUGCCCAACAGGCUCAUCGUGGGAAUUGGUUCAUCCUCCGAAUCAGAAAGGAGCCACUCAUGUGGCGGUGGGGAUGAGUGUGGUUUGGGCCAUUACAAAAGACAACAAAGUCUGGUUUAGGAGGGGUGUGAAUUCCCACAAUCCCUCUGGCACUGGCUGGAUCAGUAUUGCUGGAGAGAUGGUGAUGCUCAGCAUUGGACCCAAUGACCAGGUGUGGGGUGUUGGCAGUGAUGACCGGAUGGUGUAUUUUCGUGCUGGUGUAACGGCGUCAGAGGUCACAGGCAGGUCAUGGAUCGCGGUGUCAGCUCAGCUUGAUGGCCCUCAAAGCACAAAUCAUUCCAGUGAUGUCCCAGUCUUCUCUGGUGAUGUCACUGCCCCGUCCCAGGGCUCCGUUUUGAGCUGUGAAGACGACCACGAUGACGAAAACCCAAAAUCGCAAGUCCCGAAGAUCAGCAGUGACAGCUUCAUCUCUGCGCUGGUGUCGGAUCGCCCUACGGGACCUGAAGGAGAGCAGGAGCCAGGAGUGUCAUCACCCAGCAUUCCCUCUGAUGCGCCGUGGAGCACCGUGGACCUGCAGGAGAUGCGGGCGUCUGUGGCCACCGUCCCCAUACAGAUGCAGAACAGCACCAGCAGUGUCCUGCAGGAGGAGACGCCGCCCUGGGCCUGGGUCACCGCCGGAGGAUGUGACAUCACUUCCUGCGCAGGCCUCCAGUGCUUUCAGAGCACAGACGCAGAGCCGCUCUCUCCAUCCAUCACUCCUGCACUCAGAGCUGCAGACACACACACAGGAGCAGCACAGCAGCACAGAGAUGCCUGUGCAGACCAGUGUGUGCGAGUGACGCAGGGCUCUAUGUGCUGGUGGAGGGACUGGACGCCGCAUCAGUGGGAGGAUGUGUGUGUGACGCUGGAGCAGAUCAGCAGUGCUGGAGCUCAAAUUGGAGACAUACUGUACAUCUACUACACACACCAGCAGGAGAAGAAGUAUCUGUAUGCUGUGAUAAAGGAGGUGACGGCGCUGGUUCCUGUGUUCAGGGACUCUCUGUACACUGUGGCGGUGUACACACCUGAGAGAACCAAACAGAGGAAGCCCAUUUUACUGGCAACCCCCUCUCAACAAGACUUCAGCAGCUGGUUGUGUCUGCUGAAUGCGUCGUGUUGUGCAUCCAGAGCUCUGGGGGAUCAUCCGUCUACCCAGGCCCUGUGGGCGGUCACCUGUACAGGGGAUGUUAUGGUUCAUGAGCCCUCGCCCAGUCUGGAGGCUCCGGCACAGUAUUUACCCUGCGAUCAGAUGUUCUGGCGUCAGGUUCCCGCUCAUCUGCUGUGUGUGGAGUCCAACAGUCUGGGUGUGGUGUGGGGCAUCGGGCACGAUCACACAGCCUGGGUCUACACUGGGGGGAGAUCAGCUCAGGUGUCUGGACCUGUGAAGCUGAAUGAGGAGGUCAGUGAUGUGAGGAGUGUGUGCAUCUAUGAGAACCAGCGCUGGAACCCAAUGACAGGAUACACUGACAAAGGUUUGCCCACUGACCGCUACAUGUGGAGCGACGCGUCCGGCUUUAGAGAGAGCACUAAAGAAAACACCAGACCUCCAUCACCGCAGUGGACAUGGGUUUCUGAUUGGACGGUGGACUACAGUAUCCCAGGAGGGACAGAUAAAGAGGGAUGGCAGUACGCUGCAGAUUUCCCGGUGAGCUUUCACGGGUACAAGACGAUGAAGGACUUUGUGCGGCGGAGGCGUUGGGCAAGGAGGUGUGAGCUCAGCCUGACAGGGCCUUGGAUGAAGGUUCCUCCGAUCGCUCUGACCGAUGUGACCGUCCUGCCAUGUCUAUCCCAGUGCCGGCUGGAGCAGGUGCCCGUCUGGGCUCUCAGUGAGAAGGGGGAUGUGCUGUGCCGUCUGGGGGUCACUCCUGAAAACCCCGCUGGAAGUUCGUGGCUUCAUGUGGGAACCGAUCAGCCAUUUAAGUCCAUCAGCAUUGGAGGAGGUCAUCAGGUGUGGGCCAUCGCCCGGGACGGGGCCGUCUUCUACCGGGGCUCCGUUUCAGCCAAUAAUCCAGCAGGCGAGUGCUGGUACCACAUCCCCUCUCCGCCGCGGCAGACCCUCAAGCAGGUGUCAGUGGGCAGAACAUCUGUUUACGCUGUGGAUGAAAGCGGUAAUCUGUGGUUCAGACAGGGUUUGACACCCAGCUAUCCUCAGGGCUCAGCAUGGGAGCUCAUCUCCAAUAAUGUGUGUAAGGUGUCUGUCGGACCGCUGGACCAGGUCUGGAUAAUUGCUGAUAAGGUGUCAGGUUAUCCAGCAGAGAGCUCAGGAACGGUCUGCCACAGAUUGGGAGUGAAGCCCAUGCAACCCAAAGGCCUGAGCUGGGACUACGGCAUCGGGGGUGGAUGGGCACACGUGUGUGUGAGAGGGAACUCAGUGGAGCUCCAGCGGGCGACUCCUCGCAGCCCGAUGCCCAGAUCCAGAGCUGAGAUUCAGGUGAACGGCAAUGCUGUGGGCUGCUAGACCCGUGCACACCUUCAUCAUCAUCUUCAGCAUGCUCCAAUGCACGUCAAAGUUUGCACUUGUUGGGAAAAACUAGGCAUGGGAUGGUAACCGGUUUCAAGAUUUACAGCGGUUUGGAAAAGUCAAGGUUUAAAUACCACUAAACUCUUCUGUUACAUGACUCCUGUGGUAUAUACCAGUGGUUUAGGACUACUUUAUUUAUUUAAAGCAACAGCAUCGCUAGCAGAACAGGAGGAUCUACAUCAAAAGCUACUGAUCAGGCCACGAUUCAGUCUCAGAAACAAAUCACUGAUAAACCAACAUCCUGUAGAGCUGAACAGUGAGCGGCUUUACUGUAUAUCCAUGCAUAUUUGUGCAAUAUAUAUAGUGUAUUUAAUAAUACCAAGAAAUUUAGGAAGAACUUCUUUUAGAGCAGUAAUCACUAUACUGCAGGGGUGUCCAAACUCGGUGCUGGAGGGCCGGUGUCAUGCUGAGUUUAGCUCCAACUUGCUUCAACACACCUGCCAGGAAGUUCCUAGUAUAUCUUGAUUAGCUGCUUCAGGUGUGUUUGAUUAGGGCUGGAACUAAACCCUCCAGGAUAGAGUUCGGGGAUCCCUGCUAUACCGUGAUUUUUCAUUCAAGGUGUUCAUUCCAUCAGAGUCUUAUACCGGCCCAUGCCUAGUUGACCCUCGUCCGGUCUCCAUGCUCUUCAACCAAAUGUGACUUUUUGUUUUGUUCCUUUUUCAUUUGCCUGAAAAACAAAUCUUUUGUUUCGCUUCUGUUGUGUUUUCAGUCCGACUGAACUUUGAUUUCUGUCUGCGUGUGAUUUGAAAGCCGGGCUCACACUGUGCCAUUUUCAACAGUCUGUUAGGAUUGUGGCUUGUCAGACUUUGAGCGUUGUCCUCAUGUCACACUGUAAGAGCUCAAUCAAUGACGGCAUCACCACUGAAGCUUAUUCAGAAACUAAUUUCCGGAGGACCACGUGCUUAUGAUUGACCACGGCUGGUUCAUACCGGUCAACAUUGGGAUGUGAAAAUAAGGGAUGCGCACCACGACAUCAACCGACUGUUUUAAGAAUAUCAUAGGGGGGCAACGUGUAAUGGAAAUGAAGGGAAUCCUGCAGAUUUAUAUUUGUUUCAGUGUUUUCAAGCCUAAAUAAAAUGAAAGCACAGAGCAGAUUCACGUCAAGAGGCAUCCCCUGGUGGUUCGGCAGUAUGGGUUGCGUUUAUCUAUCUUAAAUAUGAAAUAAACACAUGAUCAAAAUAAUGGGAAUAAUGUAAACCUGCAUAUUCUGAAACAAGGUUAGGCCAUGAUGGAUUCUGCACAGGGGAGUUGGUUGUUCGAUGCGCCACCUGGUGGAUGUUCUGUGAAGCACAACGCAUUUAUUUCAAUUCCAAGUAGUGAUUGGCAGAAUGCUGCGGCUCACCACACAAUGAAAUAAGGCUGUCCUGAUGGCAGGAUGGAAUUGUGAAGUACGCGAGAAUCCAGGGAAAAAUGGGAGGGUUGACUUGGUAUGGGCUGGUCCCGCAUUAUCUAAUACAUGAUUCACCAAGUCACCAUAAAUAACCAGAGUUUCUCACCUCAGUCAUCUUGAAGAAUCCCCCCUUCCCUCCCCUACUCCUCCACCUUUUUCCUUUAUAGCUCAGUGGUUAGCACUGUUGCCUCACAGCAAGUAUAUCACUGGUUCUAGUCCUUACCAGGCCAGUCAACCUUUCUAUGCAGAGUUUGCAUGUUCUCCCUGUGCUCGUGUGGGUUACCCCCGGGUUCCUCCCACUGUCCAAAGACAUGCGAGUGAAUUAAGACAUUAGUGCAUUGACUAAAUCAAAUUGGCACUAUAGACGAGCUCCUAAUCAGCAGUCUAUCUCUCCAUAGCAAUCCUUAAUUCAUCAUUAGCCUUAAACAAGCACGGGAGUUCUCAAGACCAACCUGAGCUCAAACUCCCCUAUCACCCUGGGAGGGAGCCCAGGACUCGGGAUCUAUUGAGCUCAGGGCUCUCUCUCUCUGGAUGGCACGCCAAACACGCUUUAUAAUCAAUCCUCAGCUAAGUGUGAGCUCUUGAAAAGCAUUCAUUUUUAAAGUAACAAGUUCCCCCUCUGCAUAUCCGAUGCCAAUGUUUUAGUUCUACCGCAGGAGUGCCCAAACUCAGUCCUGGAGGGCCGGUGUCCUGCAGAGUUUAGUUCCAACCUCAAUCAGACACACCUGGGCUAGCUAAUCAAGCUCUCACUAGGCUUUCUAGAAACAUCCUUGCAGGUGUGUUGAGGUAAGAUGGAGCUGAAGUCUGCAGGACACCGGCCCUCCAGGGCUGAGUUUGGACACCCCUGUACUGCUGUACAUCUGAAAUGAUUUCUCUCUCCUGGCAGGGUUUUAUUGUGCUCCUGUUGUUUCGAUGAUAGCUGAAGCAUCUCAAACACUGACAUUAUUUCAUCACUAAACAAAAGACUGAACUGUAAUUAAUCCUCCAAACCAAACAUGCAUGGACACGGAAAGUCAUGACGUGUGUCCAAGUACUCAGAAUCUGUUCAAUCUAUCCGGAUAGCAAAAGAUUAGCAGUGUGUGUACGGCCGUCUUUAUACGACUACACUGUGAGCACCGCACAGUGUGAGCCCGGCUUCACUCACCAGUCACUUUGCGUUACGCACGUCACAUGUACUUGUUUCCGUCAUGUGUUGAAGACUGUUUGAUGUUUGAGCAUAUUAUUUGAGUUUUAUUUCACCUACAUUGCUGUAACGUCCCUACUGUGAUCUUAACAAGCACGUGAUGCUU